UUAUAGAGCUCCCAAUGACCGAGAAACACUCUUGAAAGCAAUCGUUUAAAGCAAAUUAAUAAACUGUAAUAAAAGAAAACAGAGAGACGAUCCUGGCGUUGAUUGCCAUCACGCACAUGUCAUCAGUAGUAGUGGACCAUAAAUCAGAAAACGUGACAUAUAGCGAUGUCUUAGACGGUCCUCCAAGUACCACGAGUCUGGCAGCCUGGAACUUCAGAUCGAUAGAUCGGCAACUAACAGUGCUCUCACGGCGUGAUGGUCGCCAAGGCUGAGGAACCUCUCCAUUCGAUACAGGUCCACGGAUAUUUCUUCACCAGGUUUUAGCGGGUGUUUCAAUAAGGAUUUUUACAGGACUUUGCGUGCUUCCGACGGUAUUCACCAAACGAGUGCGAUACGGUGUAUUGUCAGUGUGGCCAAACUUCUGUUUAUUACAGUGUGUCAUUGGAUGAACGAAUGAAAAGGACAGGUAAAGAAAAUGGUCCGACAAUGACCGAGAAUGACCUCAAGCCAAGCUGAUCCCGACAACCAGAAAAUCAAACUGGCCAUCUUAGGAGCACCCGGAACCGGAAAGACCUCCAUUGCCAAGCAGUUUGUUUGUAACCAUUUCACGGAGGAUUACGAGCCUACGGAACAAAGAGAGCUGUAUUAUCCGUCUAUUAUUAUUAAUGAUCACCUGUACGACCUCAAAAUCAUCGACUGUCCCUACAUUCCAUACUUUCCGGUGAAUUCUCUAUAUGAGUGGACAGACUUCCGGGGAUACGGACUCAGGAACGCUACUGCGUAUAUUCUAGUGUAUGACAUUACAUCAGAAGAUAGUUUCCAGUAUAUCAAAACUUUACGUGAACAAAUUUUAGAGAGCAGAAAUAUGCAUGAUGUUCCUAUUUUUGUAGUAGGGAAUAAACACGAUUUAGCGGACGAAAGAGGGAUAUCGCGAAGAGAGGUGGCCAAUUUAGUAAAGAAACAGUGGAAAUGCGGGUACAUAGAAUGCUCAGCCAAAUUCAACUGGCAUAUUAUUCUUUUGUUUAAGGAACUAAUGAAGACAAUAGAUUAUCUUGAUCAUGGUCAUAAGCCCACGGCCGUCCGGGUGCAGGCUGCGCUUAGAAGAAAUAGGUGCGUAAUCUUGUGAACAACGAUAUCAGUGCUCUAUGACUGUUGCCAAAAACACUUUCAUGUUAAAAACCCUCAUCAUAUUACGGAAUAAAUUUCCGCAUAAGCUAGAUCUGGUCUUUGAAGCUGCCUAUGAAUAAAUGAAAGAGAAAUCGGUA